AUGUCUCUAACGACAGAAAUGGAGGAUACAGGAACAAACAUCACAGUUUUAAUUGAUAAUUAUGAUUCAUUUACCUGGAAUGUUUACCAAUACCUUACAGAACUUGGUGCACAAGUUGAAGUAUUUCGUAAUGAUAAAAUCACAAUUGAUAAAAUUGCCGCAUUGAAUCCCAAAAAUUUGGUAAUUUCUCCAGGUCCAGGUCAGCCAUCAACUGACUCUGGAAUAUCUUGUGAAGUUAUUUCUCAUUUUUCUGGUAAAAUACCGAUUCUUGGUAUUUGUAUGGGUGAACAAUGCAUUUUUGAAGUAUUUCGUGGUAAGGUUGAUUAUGCUGGUGAAAUAGUUCAUGGUAAAACAUCUACUAUUAAACAUGACAGUGUUGAAUUGUUUAUAAAUAUGCCAAAGGAAAUAUCUGCUACCAGAUAUCAUUCUUUAGCUGCUCAACCAAGCACAAUUCUUGAUGAAUUGAUGUCAACUUGUUGGAGUGAUACUAAGGUUUUAAUGGGCGUGGAGGGAGCAUGGGAUGAAAACCCAGAGUUUAAGGUAAAAUCUCCAUUAGCAAAAACCAAAGUUAAAGAAGACUCAGUUUCCAGCAUAUUAGAAAAAAUAGUCCUACAAAGAUACAAUGAUGUUGAAGCAGCCAAAAAACAACCAGGAUCAUCACCAUACAAUUUGAAAAGAUUAUUAUUGCUUCAUAUAGCUCCACCUUUAAUAUAUUUUUCUGCCAGACUUAGACAAACCUUGCCAAAAUAUCCAGCAAUAAUGGCAGAAGUUAAAAGAGUCUCACAUAGUAAGGGGAACAUUGACCUUACAGUAAAUGCAGCAGAGCAAGCACUUAUUUAUGCAAAAGCUGGUGUGUCUGUCAUUUCUGUAUUGACAGAACCAAAAUGGUUUAAAGGAUCAUUGGAUGACAUGAGACAAGCCCAUGAUAUUUUAUCUAGUAUUCCAAACAGACCAGCUGUUCUACAAAAAGAUUUUAUUAUUGAUACUUAUCAGAUAAUGAAAGCUAGAAUAUAUGGUACAGAUACUGUGUUAUUAAUAGCUGCCAUAUUAGAUGAUGAAAAAUUAGCAAAAUUAUAUAACUUUGCAAAAUCUCUUGGGAUGGAACCGUUGGUAGAAGUUAACAGCAAAGAAGAGAUGACAAGGGCAAUCAAAUUAGGAGCAAAGGUUGAUCUAUCUACAACCUCACAAUUGGCCAAAAUGGUACAUGAAGGUAAGGCAAUGAUGAAAGCUCAAGAUAAAAAGGCUUUUAUUGAUGAAAUAUUAGGAAUCAAAAAGGUAGAAACUAAACCUACUAUUACCAAGUCUCCCAUCAAACCAUUGGUGAAAAUAUGUAGUAUAAAUACAAUUGAUGCAGCAAUCACAGUUACAGAAUUGGGUGCAGACCUUAUAGGAGUGAUAUUUGCCAAAGAUUCAAGAAGAAAAGUAACACUUGAUCUAUCUUUGGAAAUAGUUAAUGUUAUUUGUGAAAUGCAAUCUGAUGAUUCUAAUAACAUUAAAAAGGAAGAUGGGGAAAGUGAGGAAAAUAUAAAUGAUUUGGAAAACUUACCAAGUAAUUAUGACUGGUUUAGGUCACAUGCAGAUACAAUCUACACAUCUAAAAAACCAUCAACAAUGGGGUUACAUGGAAACGAGCUACUUGAUAUGCUGAAAUUCUUACCUAGGCCAGUAAUUAAAGCAUUUCAUAUUGAUGAACAUUUUUGUGCUCCAACACUAAUCACACAAAUAAAAAAUAAUAAAGAUGCUGUCAAUGACAAAUUUCCAAUAAUUUUGGCAGGAGGAUUGAAUCCUGAAAAUGUAAAGGAGGCAAUUGAAAAGGUAAAACCUUGGUGUGUUGAUGUGUCAAGUGGAGUGGAAACAGAUCAACAAAAGAACAAUGAUAAAAUCAAAGAAUUUAUUCAAAGGGCCAAAUCAAUUAUUUAUAAAGAUGAGAUUAUUGAAACAGAAGAGAAAAGUCAAGAUUAUGAAAAGCAAAAUGGAAAAUCAAUCAAUGAAAAAUUAUAUAGUCUUGAUAUAUAA